AAAACAUUUUACAUUUAAUAUAUGAAAGUUCAGAUGAUGGAAUUGAGGAUAAAUAUGGUGGAAUUGAAAACAAUAUAGAAGGCAAACUUGGUAUUGAAUAUGAAAAGAAUACUGAAGAUAAACCUGGUACUGAAUAUGAAAAGGAAACUGAAAAUGAACCUGAUAUUGAACUUGAAGAAGACAUUAAUAUUAAAAACAUUUGGAGCUUGGGAAGAAUGUCAAGAGACUCUAGUAAAUAUGUCUUACAUAAAACUGCUCUAUCUGAAAAGCAAAGAAAUAAGAGUUCAAAAAGGAUUGGUUGUCUUUUUCUGGUGAAUGCAUGCAAUAGUAAGGGCUCUGAUAAUGAAACUAUAAUUAAGUUAAUAUCAAUAAAUCUUGAACACAACUAUCUGUUGGUUCCUGAAAACACUAGUUUUGCUACUAGCUAUCAAAAACUUACUACAGAAAUAAAGGAGCUUAUUGAAAACUAUGUCUUUUGUGACAUUGAUGUCUUAACUCAGGUUAGGUUAUUCUAUAGAUUAUUUCCUGAAACCACAAUUCACUUUGAAAAAGAGUGUACCAAGAACCCUGAUUGGUAUAUUCAAUCAUUAAUUGAUCCAGAAACAAACAAAUUACAAGAUCAAACAAUUGAGGCUAUAGAAGUUCAGUUUAGCACUUUUAUGAUUGAUGCAAAUCCAGGGCUUGAAAGUCAGCUUGCAAAACUACUUGGUGAUCAUUAUGCAGACUUUAUCAAAAAACAACUUAUAAUUGAUUUUUCAGAAUCAACUAAAUAUCUACUUAGACAGCUUGAUCCACGUAAAACAACCUGGACAAAAGCAUUUACAGGUCGAGUUUUUACAGCAAGAAUAAUAUCUACACAACAAUCUAAAUCAAUAAAGAUUGUUGAUAAUAGGCUAAUUAAAUUUGAGUAUGACUUUCAUCAGAUACAUUUUGAUGAACUUUUUGAGGAAAUCGAUCAUUCCUUAGUUGUUGAGAUUUGGGAAGUUCAAUCAAUAGAGCAUAAAUCGAAUGUUGAACAAAAUUCUGAAAAAGCUUAUUUUUAUAUUUCUCUCAUUUCAAGAUGUUGGUACAAAGAUAAAUUUAUGGAUGCAGUGGUUGUUGAUAAGCUAUUUCUUAGAAGAAAGUCAUUAGAAAAGAACACUCCUGUACAAGCUAUAGCAAAAGCAAUUGGCCAUAAACAAUUGAUUAAAGAAACAUUGCUUGGACUUGCCUAUAAAUGUAUAGAAAUAGUUAAUUACAAUGAUUUAAAUAAUUUAACAAUUUUGAUAGAAACAUUUAAGGAAUGGAUACAUAUCCAUAAGGAAGCACAAUACAGCAAACAAAUUAUAGAACAGAAACUAGACAACAACCAAAUUGUAGAAAGUGAUCAAGGUAUAAAGAGUAAUCAGGAUACAAAAAAGAAUGAUCAAGAUAUUAAAACUACACAAUUAGACAUUCAAAACCCACUUAAAUAUAUUAAAAAAGUGUGCCUCUCUAAAAAGUAUAUAAAAUCAGCAAUUGAAAAACCAAAAAAACAUAAAUAUACUUCGUCUCGUACUUCUUGUCAAUGCAAAUUAAUGAUGACUUAUGAA